GUAAUGGAAUAGUAAAAGUAAUGUGUUGCUGGAUGGCCUCUAGCUAUAGCCGUAAAUGAAGCUCCUGGCUAAAUUGGAAAUAAUUUACGAUUGCGAAACUUGGUGAUAAGCUAUGCGAUAAGCUAUAUCAGUGUAAUGAGCACAUAACCCCCAACUGAACCUUAUCAACAGUCACAGGGGCAUGGCUAUAAGUCUGAAUUCGUUGGGCAUGGCACCACUUGUUAAACAUUCCAUGUGUUGUGGCUCAUGUUAUCUGAGGAUUAAGAGUAAAGAGACUCCGUAAAGUCAUCAUGAAUGAAUUGAGCUAAAUAAAAUAUUUGGAUGUAGAUAAAAUGAGCUAAAUAUAAGGAAUCCAAAACAAAUUCUCGAUCGUUUUGAAGUGUUAAUUAGUUACUGGUAGAAAAUGUGUGACAAUCGGAAAAUAAUCGGUUAUUGGAUUUCGGAAAAAAAACGCCAAAAAUUAAACUGGUCUGACUUCCAAACAGUAUGUGCGAGAAAUGGAUUUAUAUUGAAAAUGGUUGAUAUCAACGCGAAUCUUGAUUCACAAGGACCCUUUAAUGUUUUUGUACACAAGUUGACUGAUACCCUUGCAACAGCUGAGUAUGGAGACCAAGAUGCAAAGUUUAUCGUAUCAAGGAUACAAGAAUAUAUUAAGAAACAUUCAGAAAUGAUUGUAAUUGAUCCUCUGGAAAAUGUCACCAAUUUACGGAAUAGACAUAGGUGCUAUACGAUAAUAAGAAAUAGUCUGCAACAGGAUGAUGUGUUCACUCCAAAUUUUGUUGAGUUCAAAUCCAUGAAUGUUCAAGAAAAUUUAAACCUGUUGAAACAGAAGAACGUAAAUUUUCCUUUCUUAUGUAAGCCUUUGCUUGCGCAUGGCUCAACUGAAGCGCAUAAGAUGAUGGUAAUCUUUAACGAAGAGGGAUUAAGAGAUUGCCAAGUACCAUGUGUGGCGCAAGAUUUUAUCAAUCACAACGCUAUUUUAUACAAACUAUUUGUGGUUGCAGACAAAUUUCAUGUGGUCGAACGUCCAAGUCUGAAAAAUUUCUAUCCAAAAGACUGCCUGACAUCGAAAACAAUCUUUUUCAACUCUGACAUUUCUAAAAGCGGCUCCAGAUCCAAGUGGUCGAUUAUUUCAGAUAAUGAUAAGAACCUCACAGUGAAACCAAAUUUUGAAACUUUUGAACGGAUUGUCAAAAGUACCGCUAAAGCGUUUGGGCUUAUUUUAAUUGGGAUCGAUGUUGUCAUUGAAAACCAUACCCAAAAAUAUGCGAUUAUAGAUGUGAAUGUUUUCCCUGGUUAUGACGGGUACCCGAACUUUUUUGAACAUCUAAUUAUGUGCAUAAAUAAUUUGAUCGACCAAAAAACCCACAGAAAAACUUGUAAUUUUAUUUCAAAUAAGUGCCUCAAUGAAGAUUUAGACUCAGGUUUUGAGAGUGAUGAUAAGAAACGUAUUUUCAAAGAUUUAUGACUAAGAAGCAUAGUCUAAUUUUUGGUACUAUUGUGAAUCUGCACAGUAGGCCGAAUUACCCGGAAACCUGGCCAAAAAUGUAAUAUUACAAAAACGUGCUACAAAAAUUGGUAUACCCGUAUUUUUUGAUGCGCUGACAAUGAGUACGAAAAAAAUAGUGUCUAGACUCGGAUAUAUGCCCUUCUAGGUCAUUUCAAGGUCAAACCAUCAAAAAUCUGGACUUUCGAUUUGAAAAUUAAUGUUAUUACCAUUUUUUAUACUUUGAUUUGCCCAUACUCAAUUAGUUUCGAUUAUAAAAAUCUACUCACGCAUUUUACCAACGACAAGGUUUGGCGGGGGAACUCUAAACACAUUGUUCUACUUUUUUCAAAUUUUUCCCCUUUUCUUUGCUUUUUACUUUCUCAUUUUUUUGCUUAUUUAUAUUUUUACUUCUGUCAACUGUUUCUCACUUUGCAAAAGUUAGUUUUCGUCAGAAUCUUCUCCAGAUCCUGCUAAUUCUUUGCUAUUUUGAGAUAUAUCGGACACUUGACUCUUCUAUACUUUCAUCGUACUCAGCGUAUCGACAAAAGUAGCCACAAAUUUCGGAGUGAGUUUUGAUAGGAGAAUUUUAGAAAUUUAGCCAAAAAAAUCAAGAAAUCCGAAAAAUCACAUUUUUUUUUUUUUUUGAAUUGACCUUUAUUAAAAAUUGCGCAACUAUCUGCAAAGUUUUUCAGCGUGAAUUCAAUAUUCAGGUCGUGAAGAGAAAAGUCCUGAGAGAGAUAGCACGCGGAGGGGCACGGAGCAAUUCACAGAAGAAUUGCAAGAAGACAAAAAAUACAAUUUUUAGCAAUAAUUUAAUACUUUAAGCGAAUAUGUCAUUUUUCAUGAUUGCUAUGUAGAUAAUUGACGUUUUUCCACUUAUUCUGCUUUACUAAAAAAGAUGAUCAGAGUUAACAAAUAGUAAUAUACAUAAACAUGAAGCAAUUCCAUAAUAAAGUCAAUGUUCAUUGAAAUGAAUGAAUAAAGAACAGCUUCUUUGUACGUUAGUUACAGCCUUGAAAAAAAUGCAUAUAAGAAAUAUUUUAGGCGCUCAAAGUAGAGAUAAAUAUCGGUCAAAAAAUGCUAGUUUUCCGCAUUUAUAUGACAUUACGUAAUUCCGAUUUUUGGCCAGGUUUUUAAUAGUUCAAUGAAAUGGACGAGCAGUGCUAGCUCUUUGAUGAGAUUGCGUUUCGAACAUGAACUAUUUGUAUACCAAUAAGGUAGCGUAAACAUUAGAUAGUAUAUACAAAUACUACAUGAAUACAUAAUAUACCUUUACAUGUUUAUGAGGUAAUGAAUACCGAAUCUGCUGUUUCAUAAAAUUGUUGUACCAUUUUGUAUAAAAUGUAUAUUUUUUUCUACAUUAGCAGGAACGCCACUUUUGAGAAAUCGUUCUUGUACAUCUAGUAUUAGAAAAUAAUUCCCUCGCAAAAUUUAAUCUUGAAAAAUCAUUUUUCUGAUUUUUUCGUCGAUUGUUUUAAUUAGAAAGUGGUUUUUUUGUAGUAUUGAAAAGCUGGGUCGUAGUGAUAUCCAGAAAACUAAUUUAAUUGUACAAAAGUUAUCAGUAAACUUAUCUUUAUCAAAAAAACAAUACCAAAUGUACGAAUAUGUUUAUAUGGUACUUUCUAUUCAGGUUUUUUACGAAGGUUAGUAUGUAGAAAAUUGAAUUAUUGUAUCAUAGACUUUGGCGACUGUGUAGGCAUUUAUCAAUAGGUAGAAAUAAAUGUCACUCUAAAGCUUCGUA